AAUAGACUAAGUUGUUUGGGUUGGUGUUUAAGUUUAUAAUUUUUCGGAACAGGUGUUGGAAUUUAUGCCCAGUAGAUUUCGUGGCAUUUUUCACCAUUUUCGCGAAGCCUGCCCGGUGUUAUUACUAUUAGAGGUACAGUUCUGAUAGGAUUCUUCGCGCAUCAAAUAACACAGUACUUUCGCGUUACGUCGCAGUCGGAUCCGGUUGGAUCCGGACUACCCUCUGUUAAUCUGCGAUGUCCUGGGUUCAAACAUGAGACCUGAGAUCGGCUGUCCUGCCUUAUUCAUUUUUACCAGCCCACCACGAGAGACUGGAGGAGGACCUUAUUUUUGUGCUACCAUGUCAGAUGCAUGGGAAGAAAUUCAGGCCAUUAAAAGUAAACGGAACAGCCUCCGUGAAAAGUUACAAAAAAGGAAGAAGGAGCGACAGGAUAUCCUAAACCAGUCUGGUGGAGCAUUAACAACAGAUGCCAGUCCAUCUCUGUCAAAAACAAAAGUUUUGUCUUCUGAAGGGAGUACAAGUGGAGCACCAUCUCCAGUAACACAAGGUAAAGAUGAAACCGGAGAAGUGGAGCCAGAAGAUGCCAUGAAACCAGACCCAGAGACUGAAAAACAAUUACUACGCUGUCUCAGUGAAGUGUCUCUUACUUUGCCAACAACAUCAAGGGAACUUGCAGCAGCUGUUGGGAAGCAACUGGGGCGCCAUGUCUUUCAUAUUUCAGUGGUCAACCUUCUGCAGAAGUUCAGUACUCAGCAGCUCAUAGUUGUUAAAGAUGGGAGUAAAGAUGGUAAAACGUUCUUAGAAGUGGUGACUGCUGAACAUACAAAACUAGUGGCGAUGGUGAAUGAAGUAGAAGGUGAUGAAGCAAAGCCAGAAGCAAGGGAGGAACAGCCUGCAGAAGAGGGAACUAAAAAGAGAAGAGGAGAAGGGGAAUUAGAAAAUGAGCCUGCUCCCAAGGCCGCGAAGGUCGCCGCUCCUGACAAAGAUGAGAAGAAGAAGGAGAAGAGGGAUCCCAAGGCAACAGAUAUCAUGUCAUUGUUAUCAAUGCCAUCAAUUCGCGAGAAAGAAAACAAGAAAGUUGGUGAAGAGAUACUUGAUUUGCUGAGUAAGCCAACAGCUAAGGAACGAUCACUGGCAGAAAGGUUUCGGUCACAGGGUGGUGCACAGGUGAUGGAGUUCUGUCCACAUGGAACUAAGGUUGAGUGUACCAAGGUGAAUUCUGCUGAGCCAUGUAAGAAAUUACACUUCAAGAAAAUAAUCCAGAAACACACAGAUGAAAGUCUUGGUGACUGCUCAUUCCUGAACACCUGUUUCCACAUGGAUACUUGCAAAUAUGUUCACUAUGAAGUGGAUGGGCCCACAGUGCAGUUUGUGAAAGAAGCUGGCAGCAAUAAAGUGGAGAGCGUGGAGGUGAAAGCACUCGGUCGCACACAGCAGGACAUGACGAUACUGUACCCUCCCCAGUGGGUGCAGUGUGACCUCCGCUACCUUGACAUGACAGUGUUAGGAAAGUUUGCUGUAAUUAUGGCUGACCCUCCUUGGGAUAUCCACAUGGAACUGCCUUAUGGAACCAUGUCUGAUGAUGAAAUGAGACAGCUUGGAAUUCCCACUUUGCAAGAUGAUGGACUUAUAUUCCUCUGGGUGACUGGCAGAGCCAUGGAACUUGGCCGAGAAUGCCUGAAGCUUUGGGGAUAUGAGCGUGUUGAUGAGAUUAUUUGGGUGAAGACCAAUCAGCUGCAGAGGAUUAUUAGAACUGGUAGAACAGGUCAUUGGUUGAACCAUGGGAAGGAACAUUGCCUUGUUGGGAUGAAGGGUAGUCCAGACAACUUGAACAGAGGUCUAGACUGUGAUGUAAUUGUAGCAGAAGUGAGGGCAACUAGUCACAAACCAGACGAAAUCUAUGGGAUCAUUGAGCGUCUUUCACCUGGAACUAGAAAAAUAGAAUUAUUUGGUCGUCCCCACAAUGUUCAACCAAACUGGAUUACACUGGGGAACCAGGUGGAUGGUGUGAGGCUUGUUGAUCCUGAAUUAAUUCAGGCAUUCAGGAAGCGUUAUCCAGAUGGAAAUUGCAUGACCCCACCUAAAUCAUAAAUCUGUUGUAUCUAUCAGUGUGUGAAGAGCAGAAUAAACUCAUGUUUCAAUGUGAAAACACAUCUGUUUUAAAUUUUCUUCAUCUUGUGAAGAAUAAUAUUCUCAAAAUUGAAUCAGUUUGUGUAGCUCCAUCAGGGUCCAGGAAAUGAUGCUUACGUUACUUU